CUGUAAUGACAAUUCGAUAGCUGCGAUAUUACUACUUCUACGAUUAAUAUAUAAAGUGUGACUUGGAAAUGAUAGAGCCACAUUUUUGCUUGGUCACUACACCAACAUGGGACUCCAAUUCGAAGGUGCAACUAAUAAUAUAAGUGAACCUCAGUUGGCUUAUAUACGUAAUGUUUUAGAAAAAAGAGGUUACAAAGAUACAAAAGUAACUUUUCAAGCGGUUGGUCAAGAUGGUGAUAACUUCGUCGCUAGUGUUAAAAGAAUUGUAGUUCGAAACGAAAAUGGGGAAUUCCGAAUGAUAGCGAAGAUUGCGACGCAACAUGAAUUAAUAAGAACCAACAUGGAAUUGGAAAGACUAUUUAGAAAUGAACAUAUUAUGUAUACAUCGGUUUUACCUAAAUUCCACGAACUGGAAGAACAAGCUGACUUACCAAAAGAAGACAGGCUGAAGUUUCCAGAGUGUUAUGGAUCUUCAACGGCAGCACCACACGAAGUGAUCCUCCUGGAAGAUUUGCUAGUACCAGGCUUUAUCAUGCUGGAUAAAUUAAAGCCAUUAUCCGUCGAAUGCAUCAGAUCCGUGCUAAGGAACUUUGCUCUCCUGCACUCCCUUUCCUACGCUCUGAAAGAUAAAGAACGGGAUAUUUUCAACGAAUACAAAAGUACCUUAUAUAAUAUGUGGGGAUAUGCGGCGAUUAAACCGAAUAUGAAAACAUUAUUAAAGCCUAUCGAAAAUACAUUAACAACCCUGGUAGAUGGAGACCACAGAAAAAGGCUUAUAAAAGACAGUAUGGACUACGGGCUCAAACUGGGCUUAAAAUUGUGGAGACAAGAUAAAGACUCGAAACAUUCCGUCAUUCAGCACGGCGACUCAUGGACGAACAACAUAUUGUUUAGAUUUGAUGGUGAUUUACUGCAAGAAUCAGUAUUGAUAGACUAUCAGAUAUCAAGAGUAUCUUUACCAAUAUAUGAUAUAAUGUACAUGCUCUUCAACUGCACCGACCAUAAAACUCGAAUGGAACAUUUCUACGACUGGAUCGAUUAUUAUCACUUAGAAUUGGAGAAAGCACUUGGUAAUUAUGGAAUUAAAGCCAACUACGUCUAUUCCAGAGACCAACUAUAUGCUGAUUUGAAAAGAUAUGGUAAAGUUAUAUUUGCUGUAUCAUUAAUAUUAGCAAACAGUUUAGUAUUGAACCCUGAAGACGCUAUUAGACUUAAAGAAACAUUAAAGAAACCGAUGGAUGACAGUGAAUUUUCAAAUUUCCUACCAACUGAUGUGGAGACCAAUCUUCUAAUAAAGCGGAGAGUGGAGGGGGUUGUGGACAGUUUUGUGAAACUUGGGUUAUUGUAAUAAUAAUAAAUAAUUAAAUAUUUU